GCGUCUUCAAAAUCCAAAAUGGCAGAUCAACUGACGAGGUCAAAGAGCAAGAAACCCAUGUCUUGGACUGAUGAAAACAAUGACAUACUCAUUCGAGAAAUGUACUUGCUGGAACCAUGGAACUAUAAAAAGGGAUCUCAACAAAGAGGGACAAUUUGGGAGCAGAUAAGUGAUUCAUUAAAUGACCUUGACAAUCCAAAGUUUUAUGUAACCCAAAAAUCGGUUCGUGAUCAUUACAACUUGCUUGAGAAACAGCAAAAGAGAAAACUAAGGGAGGAAGAAAGAGCUUCUGGGAUUGCUCCAGAUCACAGUGAGUUUGAAAUUUCCAUAGAAGACAUUAUAGAACGGUUCAAAAACAGAGAUGAAGAGGAUGACCGAUAGGAAGCUGGAAAGAAGGAGAAAGCUGAUAUGGAAACAGCAAAGGCUGUGGAAAUGAGACAGCUAUCUAUGGAAACUUUGGCUGCUAGCAAGAAACGGAAAGCUGAAACCAACAAUGAAGGUGAGAAACCUAAAAGAAAUGUAUCAUCAAGUGGUAGUGAGACCAUUGCUUACCUUAAAAUGAAGGCUGAAGUAGAUGCAGAACUUAAGAGAGAGGAAAUGAAACUAAAAAGAGCAGAAGCUGAAGAAAGAAAAUUGCAACAGGAUAGUUUGAUUGCCCAACAAGAAGCCCUGACAAGUGCAUUGAAUAAUGCUAUGGUAGCCCAGCAAAGGCAACAAGAGCAGUUAAUGUAACAAAUGCAAGUUCAAAAUGCUGCUUUGCUUACAUUAAUGCAAA